AUGUUUAACCUUUAACCCAUUGUACAAAAAUCUUCCUAUCAAAGCAGUUGUUUAUCUUAUCAAUAAUAAAUGGAUGAUAUGACUUGUAUUGUUGACAAUGGAACUUCAGGAUCAAUUUACUUAGGAAAUAUAGAAUCAGCAUGUAAGAAUAAAAUAAAUACAUUAGCUAGUCUAGAGAAUUUAAGGAGGCACAGAAUCAAUGGUGUUUUAUCAAUUUGCAUGAAUAAGAUACCAUUCUAAGUACAAACAUAACUCCAAAAUUAUUAACACAUAUACUUAGAGGAUUGUGAAUCUGAAAAUAUCAGUAGACAUUUUGAGAGUAGUAAUCAAUUCAUUGAACGAGCCCGAUAAAGUGGGAAUGUAUUGAUUCACUGUAUGGCUGGUAUAUCUAGAUCAGCCACUCUUGUUGCAGCAUAUUUAAUGAAAAAAAAUAAUAUGAGUGCUUAAGAUUCCUUAAAAUUACUUGAAAAAAAGAGAUGGUAAGUCUAUCCUAAUAAUGGGUUCUUAAGAUAAUUAUAGCAAUAUGAAAGAGUUUUACAAUAAUAAAAUAAUAAAAAUGAUAAUAUUGACAUAUAACCAAUAAAAGAAUCUUUAAUAAAAAGGUAAAAUCUAUUUAUAUAAAUUAGUAAAUAAUUUUAAACUCCAACAAAAGAAAUCUCUUUUAUGAAUAAAUAUGAAGAAAAACAAUAAUAAAUUUCUGGAGUAAAAACAAAACCUCUCGAUGAUAUUAUAUAUGAUGGCUAUAAACGAAAAUCUUUAGGAUUAGAUCUUUUUAGUACUCCAGAAUCAGCAAAUUAAAAAUUCCAGUUUUCUCUUACUAGUAAUCAUAGACCCAAUUCGGCAAUUAGAACAUCUCCAGAUUUAAUACGAAAGAAGAAUUAUUUAUAAGAUGCAAGUAGUAUAUUAAUUUAAUUGUUUUCUUGUAGUUCAUGGAAGUAAAAAAGAUGGAUUAGCAAAUCUAGCAUUAGAAUUGAAUUCCUUAGAUUGGUAGAAUAGAAAAUAAGAUUUUGAAAACAAGUAUGCCAAAAUACAAACCCAAACUUCAUGCAAAACAUAGAUAUCUUAGAAUAAACCAUUCUAAUUAAAUUAACAUUAAAGUAAAUUGGAUGAAUUAUUAAAUGCCUUUAACAGAAAGCCAAUACUAUGA